GUCUCCUCGGUCUUUUUCCAAGUACCGUCAUUUCGUGACAUCUUGAGGCCAAGAUGGCGGUGUUUAAUGCAGGUGCGAAGGUGAUCAAGCCUCAGGGCGAAAGUGCAGACCCAUUUGAACUCACAGUUUCACAGGCUUUGAUUGAGCUCGAGUCCAACUCAGAACUCAAAGGACAGUUGAGGGAGCUCUUCAUCACAGGAGCAAAGGAGAUUGAUGUUGGUAACAGCAGGAAGGCUGUCAUCGUCAUGGUUCCCGUACCUCAACUCAAAGCUUUCCAGAAGAUCCAGGUCAGGCUAGUCCGAGAGCUUGAGAAGAAGUUCAGCGGCAAGCAUGUGCUCUUCAUCGCUCAGAGGAGAAUCUUGCCCAAGCCAACAAGGAAGUCUCGCAACAAGAGCAAGCAGAAGCGCCCUCGCAGCCGAACCUUGACCAUGGUCCACGACAACAUCCUGGAGGACCUCGUCUACCCAUCAGAGAUCGUGGGAAAGCGUACUCACAUCAAGCUGGACGGCAGCAGGAACAUCAAGGUCCAUCUCGACGUUGGACAGAAGACACAGAUUGAGCACAAGACGGAGACCUACGGUGCCGUAUACAAGAAACUGACCGGAAAGGACGUCACCUUUGAGUUCCCAGAAUUCACAGUUUGAGCAGGCUGGCCAGGAUUAACUUUGUACAAAGCCACGAGGGAAUGAUCAGAACACUGUCGCAUAUGGAAUAAAAUCAGGGCCGGAAAUUCGGCAAACAAA